AUGGAUUGUUCAAGUUUGUAUGAGGUGAAGGAAGAUGGAAAAGUUUUUAAGCCAAUGCAGUACUAUGAAACAGAGGAUGAGAUCGUGGAAACAGAAGAAACAGGGGAUAAAACAGAGCAGAAAACAGAGGCCAUGAGACUAGGAUUACUAACUUUCAUUUCCCUUAUGGUGACUUUUCAUACUAUUCUAAUUCUACUGGUGAGACUCCACUUGGCUGCUGAAAGAGAGAAUGCUUUCCUGGUUUCUCAUAUACUAGAAUUGUGUCCAUCACCUGCUCAAGGUGGUCCGAAUGGAAGAACUGAUCUUCAUGCUGCAGUACUUUAUAACAAUGAAGGGAUGACACAAAAAAUACAUGACAAAAAGGUAGCUCUCAUCAUAAAAGAAGCAGACAACCAAGGCUGGACUGCAUGGAAUUAUGCUGCCUACUUUGAUUGUAGCAAAUUGUUGACAACAGAGGCUGGACUGUUUUCCAUUUUUCAGUUGACAAUAGUGACAGAAUUAGAAGUUGUAAAGCAAUUGGAAAAGUUUAGAGCUAGAUGUUUUCGUUCCAUUAUCUACAUGGAAGAUUGUGAGGCUAGACAGAAUGAACACAAAAGUGUAAUCUCUGAAAUCGAAAAUUCCCAAGAAUCCCAUCUGAUAGUAGCUGCACUCAUAGUAACUGUCACAUUCGUGGCGGGCUUCACCAUGCCUGGUGGAUACAAUGGCAAUGCAAUUCUAGCAAGAAAAACAGCUUUCCAAGCAUUUAUGAUUAUAAACCCAGUAGCCAUGGUACUCUCCAUCUCAGCUGUAUUCAUCCACCUAAGCUUGGUGCUAGUAGACGGCAAGACAAUGUUCGUUGUGAAUUUUGGAUCGGCCCAGUUGGUCAUUCUAUUUGCCAUGGGAUCAAUGGUGAUUGCUUUUAUAACAGGCACAUAUGCUGUGUUACAACAUUCCCCAUAG